AUGCUUCAUUCAGUUUGCGCUAUAAGGUCAGAACUUUGUAACAAGCAAAAGCUUGAGCAACUUGAAUCAUUGCUUACAACACCACGUAAAGAAAAGAUGGUUAGGCAAUCCUUUAGUUUUGAACAAGUUUUAAAAACUGCGCAAAGAUUAGCAUUUGCAGAAGAAAGAGAUGACAUUGUAACAGACUUACUUUUAGCAUUUUCAGAGGGAACUGUUAAAACUUUUUCAAGCAUUGUGAUCGAAGAAAUUCCUCAGCUUGAAGUCAAAAUGGGUGGUUAUUUAAUUUUCAAGGAUGAAAUAGCAUUGAAACCUUCAAAGCAUUUUGAAGAUGUAAUGGAAAGGAUAUUUCGAUAUUGGAACCUAAGUCUUGAAAAUGCAAAAAGAAUGAUAGUUGACACAUACUUAUUGGAAGCGGUUGACUAUAAGUAUAAUUCAAAAACUUACGACACUAAAAAAGAUAAAUUAGCAAUAUAUCCAGAGUAUUAUGUCAAACCCCAAAAUGUUGAAAGAGAUUUGACUUUAAAGGAUUCAGUUGACUAUAUUUCUGCCGAAAGAGCAGAACCUAAUAAUCUGUCACUUCAAGCUGGGCAUAGUAUACCAAGCCAUUGUAUGUUUUGUGCCAUUGAAGCAAAGAAAGAUAAAUCAUUUACUCAAGGUACUGGCGAACUUCUUGGAGAAAUGAAGGCGUUAUAUAAAAGAGAAAAGAAACCUAUUAACGGUGUGCUUACGGAUGGGUUGAAAUAG